AUGUUCCUCCUCCUGAUUUUUCUUUCCUUGGUCCUCGCCCACCUGCCCCUCGUCUCGUUCUAUAACAUCACCAUCCCUCAAGCCCCAUCCCCCGACCUCAGCACCGCCACCUUCACCACCCCCUCCAACCUCCUAUCAAUCCUCUCCGAACCCAAGGUCCGCCCCAUCAACACCACCGUCUUCGACUGGUGGUACUUUGACGCCGUCUCCUCUUCGACUCCGAAUCACACCUACGGCGUUUCCAUUCCUCCGCCCAGCAAUGCCUCCUCCUCCUCCGUCCUCCUCGCCUACCUCUGGAUCUCCUUCGCCAACGGGACGAGCUACGCUGCGUUCGCGGAUGCAUCCCUCGCGACGGUCGAUGCAGCCGGGGUUGUGAUUCGGGGAGUAUGGCACUGGAGUGGGUUUUCCUGGACUGGAUCCGAGGAGGGGAAGUAUGAGAUUGUUAUUGAUGGAGCAGGGGUAGCGAACCCGCAUACACCCUGCGGCGACGACCGGCUGCGUCUGGGUGGUGGGAGAACGGUUGGGAUCGGGUGGGCCAGUCUCCUCCCUGAUGCGCAGGCGAGUGUCGAUGUUUUGGUGAAGGGAGAGAGAGUGCAGUUUACCGGGUUUGGGUAUCAUGAUAAGAACUGGUCGGAUGGACCGUUUGAGGCGGCGGUGCGGACGUGGUACUGGGGUCGCGGCCGGGUGGGCCCGUACUCUGUUGUUUGGUUUGAGAUGCUUCCUCUUGGGGAGAAAGACGUCGUGGUGAGUGGGUAUGUGGCUAUUGGACGGGAGGUUGUGGUGUCUAGUUGUGAGGAGGGGGUCGUGUCGGUACGGCCGACGCGGAAUGGGAUGGCGGAGAAGUACCCCCCGGUGCUUGGCGAUGUACCGGAUGGGUUCCGGGUGGUUUAUAGCAUGGGACUGGAGGUGAAUGUCACACUUGGGCCGAUGGUCGCUGGGGAUGGGAAGUACUAUGCCCGGUGGACGGGGACGAUGACGGCCGCGGUGGAGGGCGAGCUGUACGAGGGGGUGGGCAUAUUCGAGCAGUUUGUUAUGCAGUAA